UCUUCCCCCUUUAAUCUCCACCGCACUUCCUCCAAAUUUCAGGUUUUUUUUCUUCUAUCUCUCUCUCUCUCUCUCUCUCUCAUUUAAUAUUUGCGAUUUCAAUUGAAAUAAAAGUUCAAUUACUCUGAGAAAUUGUUUUAACCGGCGCUGCUCCGAGUUAUCCCUAAUCGGUUUCGGUGGUAGAGUUGUAAAGGCUUCUGAGCAUUUUCAUGGCGGAGAUACAAACAAAUGGGAGAUCGUACGAGUCACUGUUGGAGAAGGUUCUUUCAAUGAACAUUGUUUCUUCUGACUAUUUCAAAGAGCUUUAUGGUCUCAAGACUUAUCAUGAGGUCGUUGAUGAAAUCUACAACCAAGUUAGUCAUGUCGAGCCCUGGAUGGGUGGCAACUGCCGUGGUCCUUCCACUGCCUAUUGUCUCCUCUACAAAUUCUUCACCAUGAAACUCACUGUCAAGCAGAUGCAUGGCCUCUUGAAGCACACUGAUUCUCCUUACAUCAGAGCGGUCGGAUUCCUAUAUUUAAGAUAUGUUGCAGAUGCAAAGACGUUGUGGACAUGGUACGAACCAUACAUUAAAGAUGAUGAGGAGUUUGCACCAGGAUCAAAUGGACGGGUGACGACCAUGGGUGUUUACGUACGUGAUUUGCUGCUUGGACUGUAUUACUUUGAUACAUUGUUUCCACGUAUCCCGGUACCUGUGAUGCGCCAGAUUGUAUCAAACCUUGAGAAGAUGAAUUUACCAACAAAACCAUCUGGUUCAACGGGAGACAUGUCUCGUGGCUCUGAAGACACUGCGCGUCGUCCACCGUCAGUAAAAGCAUCCCUCUCUGUUUCAUUUGGGCAGCGUGCACCUCACCGUGCCUCCACCAGAGGCUCCUCUCCCGUUCGCCGUCCUCCACCUUCAGGUUAUGACAGAAACGAAAGGGAUGAACCACAGCGUCGGUCCCCACGGAGGAGCCAGAGCCGAGACUAUUAUUCGGACAGAGACUCAGAUAGACAGCGGGAGAGAGAGAGGGAGAGGGAAAGAGAUAGAUACAGAGAAAGGGAGAGGGAUUAUGGUAAUGAUAGGAGAUCAAGGCGUGACUAUGAAAGUAGUAGAAGCAGACGCGGUGACUACGAGGAUGAUAGAAGCAGACACGACCGUAGAAGCAGGAGCAGGAGCAGGAGUAGGAGCAGGAGUGUGCAAAUUGAGCGUGAACCAACUCCUAAAAGAGACUAUGGAAACAAGGAGAAAGCAGCUGUGACUGUUAACAGCAACCUCGCAAAGCUAAAAGAUCUAUAUGGAGACGCGAGUAAUCAGAAAGGGGAAGAAGGGUAUGGAACAAGGAGGGAUUCAAGUUCAGAAGAAGUGAUUAAGCUUGGUGGUUCCUCUUGGAGGUGAAAACCAAAAAAAGAAAAAAAAAAAACACUCUGUGACUUGAAAUGCUUAUUCUAUGUUGUAGGAUGAUGCAAUGUUGUUUUACUUUGCUGUUUUAAACUUCCAGCAAACUAUUUGUUUACAGAAUUCAUCUUUUUUAUCUUGAACUGUUCUGACUUUAUAUUACU